GACUGCAAGACAGUGUGUUUCUUUUUGGAUUGCUGCAGAGCCUUAGUAUUCUCAGUAUCGAUGCAGGCGUUGGCAGCAGUGGCAACCUCAGGCAGAAUUCCGCUCUAGCAAUGAUUUCCACCACCGUUCUGGUUUCCUACCUCCUAGUUCUUUCGGUCGGAGUUUUCUUGGUUGAUAUCGCUCGAAGAAGCUGGAUUGCGUUCGGUCAUUACAUGCAAGACCGGUGGGGCCGAAUUAUUCACCUGGAAUGUUUUUAUUGCAACGAAACCUCGGCCCUGCCUGGACCAACUGCUAGGAUAAACUCGUCCAAUAUUUACGGUGGCGGCCCUAGAGAGGGGGCGGCAGUUGAUGCGGAGAAGCUUAGACCCACUUUUGAUGCCACGGGGAGGGUGGAGAAGUGGUUCUGUCGUUUGUGUGAGUCCUGGAAUAUUUAUGACGAGGAUGGCAGUAUCUCGUCAUAUAUCCCAGAAAUGCGUACGGGGAACUCCCAUAACCCUCGGACAUCCGUAGCGCCGUCCAUGCCGGACAAACAUUCGAAGGCAACAGAUCACGUAUUUUGUCAGGAUUGCGUGAGGCACCAGUCGCUGCUUCUGGAAGCAGUGUCACGGUAUCUCCCAGACGAUGACGAUCCAAACUUCGAUGAUCGACUUGCGGAAUACGCGGACCACAAGCGAUAUUUAGAAAAACGAUACCCACCUGUGUGCGACGUAUGCGCGAGGAGAGUAGAGGUGGAAUUGAAAAAGCAGGAAAGCAGGCUGAAAGGGAUUCUGAGAUCGCCCAGCGGUUCUCCGCAGAAACCAAAGGAUGUGGAUGACGAUGAACGAGUGGGGAAACCUACUCUUCAUAGAUCCCAAGCCCACCCGCCAUCGUUGGGUCUUCUCUCUCGCUUCGGCGGUGGCGCGACAUUGAUAGGCGCCAGCCUCCUUGGGGUGACAUGCUUGGCCUAUUGGACGCGCGUUUUCUACGAAGGGCUUUGGCGAGGUAGAGUACAGUCUCAGCUCGGCAUCGGCCUUUGGAAUGUAACUGAACUGCGAUUCAUCUACAUAGAUAUGGACGGUCUACAUUCGACGUUGGACGGAAGAAAUCUACAAGCAUGGGUGCGGUGGCCGUCGACUGGCAUGGCGGACAUGUUCUCAAACAUGCUCUCCGGCGCACUUUCCAGUUGCGCGACAUCGAUACCAUACAAUGACAGCUGUGAUGAGGUCUUCCUCAGUCACUCUACGCAAAUGAUCCUCCAAACAGCUGUCGUUGCAUUUGUCUUUGCGGAAACGGAUGCGUUUCUUCAAGAACAGCGACGAACCAUAUUGAAAUCGAGGCGGAGGUACUUCGGAACGAAAGGCAGUCCUGGUGCUAUCCUGGUCUUGAUAAUGGACCGGCUUCUGGGUUUCAUCACCAUGGCGGGCAAAGACAGGCCGCAUCUGUCGCGAAUUACUGCAGCUGUGUAUCUGUGCGUCACCGUCAUGAUGUUCCGCCGAGCGGUCGGUGUACUGCAGGAGUUCCUGGUUCCGCGUAAGCAUGAACACCGGCGGCGGAGAGCGGGCUACGUGCGUGAUGCUGGUCGGUCUGAACCCCUGCUUUCGAAACCUGUCUCGCAGGAGUCAGCGCGCCCGUCAUCAGGGUCACCAAGCUUCGAUCGUGCCGAUUCGGCAGUUGAACUCUUCGCCGAAGAAAGCGAAUCUUCCGGCUGGAGCCCGACUUCGCAAAGAAGCCAGCAUGCCCCCAUGCGCCCAGGGAAUAUAGGAAGAUCGUCAACCCCCUUCAACGCCAGGAAAAGCUCGCUCUUCGACCUUUCGGAGCUCAGUUUAAGCAUGGGGACACCUUCAAUAACACAGCGCGUCAAGGAAGAACGCGAAAAUAUCCCGAGCCCGGUUGCUUUCGGUUCUAGCCGGUCGUUCGGCGCCUUCAGUCUCGACACCGCAAAUAAACCUCGCCAACCAUCCCAUCAGUCACCACGGUUGCAGCGAAACCCAUUCGAAUCAGUCCGGGGGAAUUCGUUGACCACACCUGCGCCAUUCGUGAAUCAACGAACCUGGCCAAUCAAGCGGGAAGUCUCCCCAGACGCGUCACAACAUGUGCUGCAACCGUGGUCGAGCUGGCGGACCCAACAGCAGCAGCCUGCGAACGCUUUUACGCAACCGAAAAGUUGGAAAAAUGCAUCGCAAUCCAACUUCCAGCAAAAUUCUGGAGUGUUUGGAAGCUCAUCGACGCGGGGGCUAGAGCAGCGCCGAUCACCGUUUGCUCAGUCAACGUUCCAGCAGUCUCAGUCAUUUGCAGCCGCACCCAGCACUCCUGCCAAGCGACCUCUGCGGUUCGGAGAGCGGCUUCCCGCUUCGUAUGCGCCCAACAAGAAAACGGACGACGAGCUCUCACAAAUUUCGCUUUCCCCUCAGACGUUCUUCCCAAAGGAUGAAGACACGGGAUUGGAAGAUUUGUUUACAACCACUUUUCGCCUGAAGGAGGACAACAUCAUCACCCAUUCGCUGAACGCAUCCUUCAAUACCAACUUGAAUGGUCGUCAACGAGUGGCACAGAGAUUCCUAGUGAUUGCAUCGCCUAUUGGCCUUCUUGCUUCGUGGCUGGUAGGUUUGGUCCAACGUGGCGUACGUACCCUUGCUUGUAACGGCAGCAUAUCACCUUAUUGCCUUCGAACGCCUGUGCUCGACGAACAAACGCCAACGCGCGCCGCGCAACCACUUCACAGCCCCGGCCCGGCUAGCACAAAGUGCAGUGGAUACUCAGGGAUCCUCCCUUUUUACGACUAAUCGCAUCUUGGUCGGCAUGAUCGUCUUCCGCAUUUUGUUGGCCUUCCUUUGCCAGCUCUAUCCUCUACUCCUGCAUCUCACACAUCAGCACCCGCAGAAUGAUACGUACGAGCCCCUGAUCUUCAACGCCCACUCGACGUUCACUCCGUCGCCACUCCUAGAUGGAGGUCCUGAACCAGGCUGCAACAUUGCGUUGGUCAGUGUUCCGAACCCCUUCCUGCUCAGUUUGGAUCUGUUGAUCGCAUCACUAG